AUGUGGAAGAAACUAGGGCUGCCGAAACCCAUCCCCUCUGACAGUGACGAUGAAACGUGGGACACACCUCCACCGGCCACCACCAACACCGAGACACCACCGGCCACAAGUACAGCAACAGGACGCACCGACUCACCGGCCGCCCAGACAUAUCGCCGGCAAAAGAAACGGCAAAGGACACCGCCACCACCAUCCACAAUAGCCCCGUCGGCAAACCCUGCGGGCGAAAUGCUACCUGAAGCCACCACUUCCUCCGGCUACAGCCAGAAACAGCCACGAACACAGUCGCCACCAAGAUCAGACCCAGAGCCAGAACCUGCCAUGCAUCCCGCGGGACACAAAGAAAGCGAUGCGCCUACUGAUUUCACCAGCGUUAUGCCCAGCGAUGUGCCCACCGAUGCGCCCAUGGACUUACCAAGUGAUGUGCCUAGCGAUGUGCCCAGCGACACACUCAGUGAUAUGCCCAGCAAUUUGCCCAGCGAUUUGCCCAGGCCAGCGUACCCUGAUCACAUCGUCAAAUCACUGACAUUCAACAAAAUUUCUGAGCGCACCAGGCUGCUUAAAAUUUCAUCCCUACCAUAUCACCCAGGAAUUCGGCAUAGCCAUGGGCUGUGA